AUGAUUGGUUUCAAUGCACUUGGUCGCUUAACAAUUCAAACAUUAGACACUAAUGCCAUCUAUGCUACUUCAUUAACCUCUCCAACAUUGCCAUUAAAUCAAUGGACUCAUGUAAGUAUGACUUAUUCAACUGCAAAUGGUAUCCAACUCUUUGUUAAUGGCUCGUUUGCAAUUCGUAAUAAUAGUUCUCGUAACUAUACAGCUAGUAAUCAAAUGAAUACAAUUACUGUUGGAACUUGUCUGCAGCCGAAUACAUGCGCUUUUGGUCAAACGCAAAUUGUUCCAUCUCAAUUUCGAGGAAAGAUUGAUGAACUGAAGAUCUUUUCUCGUGAAUUGUCGAUAAGUGAAGUUGGUCAACUAGCUCAAGCUUAG